UUUCACAACAUACAGAAAUACCAUUAUGGACAUCUGUAUCUGCAACCAUAGGAAGAAUUGUCCUUAAUACGUCAAGAGUAUACAUGUUAAUGGAGGUUUUCUUUGCACUGACCCGGCAUCAGAUCCAGUGCUCCUAGGACCAGUGAGUUUUCCCCUCCCAAGAUGUCAGCUGACUCCAUGGAGAUUGAUGACUCCCUGUACAGUCGUCAGAGGUAUGUCCUGGGGGACAGUGCUAUGCAGCAGAUGGCUCAGUCUUCUGUCUUCCUCAGUGGAAUGGGAGGACUGGGAGUGGAGAUCGCAAAGAACAUCGUGUUAGCAGGUGUGAAGGCGCUGACGCUGCAUGACAGUAAGCGGUGUGAGACACGGGACCUGGGCUCCAACUUCUUCCUCAGACAGGACGAUGUGCUGACUCGGAGGAACAGGGUUGAGGCGGUCCAUCCCAGGGUAGCAGAGUUGAACCCCUACGUCCAUGUGGACACCUCCUCCUCCUCUCUAGACCUCUCCACUGACCUCAGCUUCCUCAACAGGUACCAGUGCGUGAUCCUGACUGAGGCCAGACUGAGUCUCCAGAAGAAAGUCAAUGACUUCUGCCACUUCCAUCAGCCUCCUAUCAGGUUCAUUGGCUGUGAUGCCUUCGGGAUCUGUGUGAGAGUGUUCUGUGACUUCGGGGAGCGGUUUGAGGUGUCUGACGCCACGGGAGAGGAAGCCAAGGAGAUCUUUAUCCAGAACAUCACACAGGGUAACCCAGGGGUGGUAACCUGUAUGGACAGCAGGACCCACGGCCUCCAGACAGGACAGAGUGUUCUCUUCAGAGAGGUCAACGGCAUGGACACACUCAAUGGCACCGCACGACAGGUCACAGUCCUCUCCCCCCACAGUUUCACCGUAGGGGACACGUCGUGGCUGCAGCCCUAUGCACACGGAGGCUUCUUCCUGCUGGUCAAAACCCCUAGAACAUACAGCUUCGAGACGAUGGAGCAGCAGAUGUGUGAGCCCCAGGUCCUGAUCCCCGACUUCAGCAAACCAGAGGCCCCGCUGCAGAUCCACGCCGCCAUGCUGGCUCUAGAUGCCUUCCAGGAGCAACACAAUAGACUGCCCAACAUCGGGUGCUGUCAGGAUGCGGAGGUUCUGGUCAAACUAACAGAGGAAGUCAACCACACCUUGACAAACAGAGCUCCAGUGAAUAGUGAGUUGGUGCGUUGUCUCUCCAGAACGGCGCAGGGUUCUCUCCCUCCGUUGGCUGCGGCGGUGGGGGGCGUGGCCAGUCAGGAGGUUCUCAAAGCCCUCACGGGGAAGUUUGCCCCGCUACAGCAAUGGUUCUAUCUAGAUGCCAUAGAGGUAGUGAAACCACUACAGUCUCUAUCUGCAGAGGAGUUUAGCCCCAGGGGUGAUCGGUACGACGGGCUGAGGGCCUGCAUCGGGGAGACCAUGUGUCUGGAACUCCACAAGCUGAGAGUCUUUAUGGUGGGCUGUGGAGCCAUUGGCUGUGAGAUGCUCAAGAACUUUGCCUUGCUGGGAGUGGGAUUGACCAAGAGCUCAGGAGAGGUGUGUGUGACGGAUCCAGACCUGAUAGAGAAGUCGAACCUCAACAGACAGUUCCUCUUCAGACCUCAGCACAUACAGAAGCCUAAGAGCACGACAGCAGCAGUAGCGACCAUGGAGAUCAACCCAGAGAUGCAGGUAGACGCUCACCUCAACAAGGUGUGUCCUGCCACCGAGGGCGUCUACAACGACCUGUUCUACUCCCGCAUACACCUGGUUGUCACGGCGCUGGACAACGUAGAGGCUCGCAGAUACGUCGACAGCCGCAGUGUAUCCAAUCAGAAGGCUCUCCUUGACUCUGGUACCAUGGGAACCAAAGGACACACGGAGAUCAUCGUGCCCAACCUGACCGAGUCUUACAACAGCCAUAGGGACCCACCAGAAGAGGAGAUUCCGUUCUGCACCCUCAAGUCUUUCCCUGCCGUCAUAGAACACACCAUCCAAUGGGCAAGGGACAAGUUUGAGAGUGCGUUUGCCCACAAGCCCACCAUCUAUAAUAUGUUCUGGCAGACCCACUCCUCAGCAGAAGCCGUGCUACAGAGGAUGCAGCAGAGAGAGAGUCUGGAGGGGGCGUUCCAGGUGGUCAAGCUGCUGAGUCGACGGCCCAGCCAAUGGGAACACUGUAUCAUUCUGGCACGCCUCAAAUUCGACAAGUACUUCAAGAGAAAGGCUCUACAGCUGUUGCACUCCUUCCCCCUGGACACUCGGUUGAAGGACGGCAGUUUAUUCUGGCAGUCACCCAAACGACCCCCGUCUCCCGUAGAGUUUGACCUGAAGGACUCCCUGCACUUCAGUUUUGUCGUGAGCGCAGCUCGGCUUUAUGCAGAGAUCUACAACAUCCCCUACUCAGAGAAGCAGGAUCUGUCACAGGAAGCAGUGUCCAGGAUGUUGUCAGAGAUGACCGUCCCAGAGUACAGACCAGCAGAGAAGCGUAUUGAGACGGAUGAGAACGUGAAGAAGCCUGAUCAGAUGAAGCUGUCAGUGAGCAGCGAGGAGGAGAGGGAGGCCAUCGCCCAGUUAGAGGAGGCUAUCACUGCAGACCACGUUACACCAGAGAGGUUGCGGAUGUCUCCACUGAUGUUUGAGAAGGACGAUGACCUCAACGGUCACAUGGACUUCGUGGCGGCCGCCUCCUCCCUCAGGGCCAGGAUGUACUCCAUCGAGGUGGCCGACCGCCUCAAGACCAAACGCAUCGCCGGGAAGAUCAUCCCCGCCAUCGCCACGGCUACUGCAGCCGUCGCCGGGCUGGUGUCGUUGGAGCUGGUGAAGGUGGUUGGGGGAUACGGGUUUGAGUCGUUCAACAACUGUUUCUUCAACCUGGCCAUUCCUGUCAUGGUCCUCACCGAGGCUGCACCUGUCAAGAGAACACAGAUCAGGGAAAACAUCUCUUUCUCUAUCUGGGACCGUUGGGAUGUGUGUGGUCACCAGCACUUCUCUCUCUCCGACUUCAUCAACGCAGUGCGGGAGAAGUAUGGAAUAGAACCUACCAUGGUGGUCCAUGGAGUGAAGAUGCUCUAUGUCCCUGGGAUUCCAGGACACAACAAGAGACUUAAACUAACGAUGCACAAGUUGAUCAAGACGUCUGUAGACCGUCGCUAUGUUGACCUGACCGUGUCCUUCGCUCCAGAGUCCGACGGAGAUGAGGACCUUCCUGGACCCCCUGUUAGGUACUACUUCAGCCCCAACGGAGACGCUCACACCGCCUGACACGCCACCCCUCAGUCCCCUGAAACUAACCCCCUGUACCUGCAAAACCCCAGUUGACAACAUGGGUUGAUUCUAGAACAUGGGGUUGAUUCUAGAACAUGGGGUUGAUUCUAGAACAUGGGGUUGAUUCUAGAACAGAUGUGGAUUCUAGAACAGAUGUUGGUUCUAGAACAGGGGUUAUUCUAGAACAGAUGUUGAUUCUAGAACAUAUGUUGGUUCUAGAACAGGGGUUAUUCUAGAACAGAUGUUGAUUCUAGAACAGGGUUGGCCCCAUGGACCGCUGGUAGAGAAAGAGCAUAGAGAUAGAAAGAUGGCUCUAGAUGGAUAUAACCUGUUUUGACGAGUCCUCUUUCUAUCUCUGAGAAGAGGGGUAGCACUUGACUGUGUACAUAGUAGUUCCUGUAUUUGUGUUUUCUACUCUGGUUUAAAGCACAGCUCUGACUGCUAUGCACAUGCCUUAACUAACAACCUUGUUGUGUUUGUCUGAUGAUGAUGAUGAUGAUGAUGAUGAUGAUGAUGAUGAUGAUGAUGAUGAUGAUGCUGGUAAGAAUAAAAACAACAGUGUUUACACACCCAUACAUGCACACUUCCCAGGGUUUUCUUUUGGGGGAUGGAGAGAGAGGUAGAGGGAGGAACUCUUUGAUCUUAAAAGGUGGGAUCACAAUCGUCAUCUAAACGUUCCUAUUGGCUCAUGGGGAUUUGGAUGAUUUGAUAGCUACAUAAACUCAGCAAAAAAAAAGAAACGUCCUCUCACUG